GGGCCCCCGCCCGGCGAGCUCACGGCCAUCCAGUGCAAGAACGUGCCCGACAGCCUCAACGAGCGCGCCGUGCUGGAGGAGCACUUCGGGCGGUUCGUCAAGGUGCGCCGCAUCAUGACGCGGCGCAACAAGAAGAUGGCCAUCGUCCACUUCUUCGACCACGACUCUGCUCUUCUUGCCAGAAAGAAGGCAAAAGAGUUGCACAAGGACAUUGUAACAUUUUGGCAAAAGAAGAAGACCAGUCCUGCAAAAAGAGAAUACUCAUCCAAGGAGAAGAAAGGAGGGGACGAGGAAGGAAGGCAAAGCAGUGAAGAGCAAAGCUACCAGCAUUCCCCUCUUCGGAAGCCGUUAAUAAGGUCAUCUGCCAGCAGUGUCCUACCUGGCAAAAGUUCUCCAGCCAAGAAGUCUAGUCUGCGUAAGGCGCUACAGUUUGAAACAGACUAUGAUUCUAGUUGUGAAGGACAGAGCUCAGAAAGCUUGGGAGCUUCCUUAUCAUCKCUCAGUAACCUGGUGGGAUUAGUGGCUGAGACAUCAGAGGAAAGAUACCGCCUUCUGGACCAAAGGGAUAAAAUCAUGCGACAAGCCCGAGUGAAGAGGACAGAUUUAGGCAAAGCGAAAACAGUUGUGGGCACUUGCCCAGACAUGUGCCCUGAGAAGGAGCGCUACAUGAGGGAGACAAGAAAUCAGCUCAGUAUCUUUGAAGUGCUUCUAGGAUCUGACAAGGUAGAUCAUGCAGCAGCCAUCAAGGAAUACAGCAGGUCUUCAGCAGAUCAGGAGGAGCCUUUGCCCCAUGAAUUGAGACCCCCUGAGGUGUUAAGCAUGACUAUGGACUAUUUAGUGACAAACRUUAUGGACCAGGGAGAAGGGAACUAUCGGGAAUGGUAUGACUUUGUCUGGAACAGAACCCGUGGCAUAAGGAAGGAUAUAACACAGCAACAUCUCUGCAGCCCCCUGACAGUGUCUCUAAUUGAGAAGUGCACUCGUUUUCACAUCCACUGCGCUCAUCAUUUGUGUGAAGAGCCCAUGUCCUCCUUCGACGCCAAAAUUAACAAUGAGAACAUGACUAAAUGCCUGCAGAGCUUGAAGGAAAUGUAUCAGGACCUGGCUAACAAGGGCAUUUAUUGCAAGAGUGAAGCAGAGUUCAGAGGUUAUAAUGUUCUGCUGAAUCUGAAUAAGGGGGAUAUUCUCAGAGAAGUGCAGCAGUUUCAUCCUGAGGUUAGAAACUCCCCUGAAGUUAGAUUUGCAGUUCAAGCUUUUGCUGCCUUAAACAGCAACAACUUUGUGAGGUUCUUCAAGUUAGUUCAAGCAGCUUCCUAUCUGAAUGCCUGUAUCUUGCACUGUUAUUUCACCCAGAUUCGUACAGAUGCUCUUAAAUCUCUCAAUAUUGCUUACACUGUAAGCACCCAAAGAUCUACUGUGUUUCCCUUGGAUCACCUGAUCCGCAUGCUCCUGUUCAAAGACUGUGAGGAAGCAUCUGACUUCAUAAGUUAUUAUGGCCUGAAUAUUUCUGAUGGUUUUUAUGUGGAGCUGAAUCGCUCGACUUUCUCGGUGCCUGAUGGAUUACCCAAACCAUGGAAAUCCGUAUUUGUCAGUCAGAAGCUGAACGUGUCAGUUGGGCAGGUUGUAAAUGGAGGGCCGUUGCCUUCAGUGCCUCACCACGUGCCUGUGAGUAGCUUCAAUGGACAGAGCAAAUACACUGGUGGCAAUACAACCAUGGAUCAAACCAGCAGCAGCCAAAAAUCCAGUGUGGAUGCUCCAGAAGGACGAAUGGAGAGCAAAGUUGUGGAUUUGGAUGUCACAGCAGCAAGAGUCCAGCCCCCAGCUCAUCUUACGGCUUCGCUGUUACCUCGUCCUCUAGUGCCACUGCUGCCUGCUGCCCAGCCCGUUUCCCAGGCUGCAGAACAACCUGAACAUCUCCCUCCAAAGCCUCAGCCAGUUUGCACAGACAGGGACAUUGCUGAGGUGGCGGACGGGCUCGUGCACGAUGUUGUCAGAGAAGAGUGCAGAGAAGUCGGCCGAGCAGGGGCGGCUUACAUGGCCGCGGCGAGCUGUGCAUCAGAGGCCAUCAUGGAGGAGCUUCUGGCUGACGUGUUGAGGGAGAUGCUCRUGCAGGUGGCGGGGAACACGCUCAGCACAGAGAGGGAGCGAGUUCAAGAGGAACGGCGCAGAGUGGAGGAAGAGAGGCAAAAGAAAGAAAGAGAGCAACUAAUAAAGCAGUUGAGUCAGUUGGUGGGUAUGGAGUUGAUGGAGGAAGUAAUGAAGGAGAGUGUUCGAGAGAUAUCAGACAACGAAUUAAAAUGUGCUUUGGAAAGAGACCGCAAAGCGCGUAUCGAGCGGUGCUCAGAAGAAGUCUGUGCCCAUGUCCUGGAGCAGUUUCUGGAAGAUGAGAUAUUCCAGAUKGCUAAGGAAACUCUUCAGGAGCUCCAGUGUUUCUGCAAAUAUUUGCAAAGGUGGAGGGAGGCAGUGGCAGCUCGAACAAAGUUGAAACGUCAAAUGAGGGCAUUUCCUGCUGCUCCCGUUUGCACCGAUCCAAAAAAUAAACUCAAAGCACUGUCUCCCAGUGCUGAGUGGCCUAUAGCUAUGGACAACUUGAUCAAGGGUAUGGUAAACCUGGGACACGGAGGAAAGCUGGGAAUAUCUUGCACAAGAUUGAAUUGGCUGAGAAACAAGACAGUGCAUGAAAUGAAAGUCCAACACUUCUACCAGCAGUUGUUAAGUGAUUUAGCUUGGACUCCCCUGGAUCUCACCUCACUGAUCGCUGAACACAUUCCAGUUCAACAGGAACAGUGUUUUUGGAAGGUCCUGUUGGUCUUGCCGAAUGAUGAAGAAUAUGCAGAGGAUGAUCCCAGCAGGAUUCUGGUGGAUUGGUUGAAAGCAAAGUUUAUGGGAGAAAAAAGUUGCAAGAGAAACACUUUACAUGCAGAAGGCAAAAUUCAAACACUGACAAUAUUUAGUUCUCCUGGUGUGCAAGGGAGCAGAACCAUCAAUGUCAGCGUGUGUAUCAAGGUGGUACACGGUGCCCUCUCUGACACAGAGCUUGAUAAAGCUGAAAGGCAGAAGGACCUGCUGGGAACCAGUGGUCUUAUUCUUCUUUUACCCCCUCGAGUGCGGAGYGAGGACGUUGCAGAAGAUGAUGUUUAUUGGCUCUCAGCUUUGCUGCAGUUGAAACAGCUGCUUCAAGCCAAACCCUUCCAACCAAUAGUUCCUCUGGUGAUUCUAGUUCCUGGUCAGGAAGAGGAUGCCACAGAGAAAGAAGUGGAAGAAGGUUUAAUGCUGCAGGACUUGAUUUCAGCUCAGCUUAUUUCAGACUAUACUGUUGUUGAGCUUCCGGGUUCUAUUAACGACUUAAAAGGCACCAAAAGGCUCUCUGCAGCUGUAGCCUGGCUGGCUUCCCASUGUCCAGACACCCUCCAGCUCUGCAGUCAGACCCUUCAGGAGUACGUCGAGGAGGGCAUUGAUGGAGAAUUUGGCAAGCGCUUCUACCACGACCGGAAGGAGAGGCGCUCGGCAGGGCUGCCGUCGCAGGAGCCGGGCGUCGUUAUAGAGCUCUACAACAGUGUGCUGCAGUUCCUCUCAGAAGUGGCAUCCUCAGAGCAUCUCUGUGACUUGUCUUGGCCUGUUACUGAGUUUUCAGAGCUUGGGGGUAACAAGCUGUUACCCCACCUGCAGUGGAACAUGCCUGAUCACCUGGCCUGGCUGAAGAAAGCUGUGCUUUCCUUCCAGAUCCCCUACCUAGAUCUGCCUCCCCUGGGUGCUCCUUGGCGUCCUGUUUGCCACAUGGUUUCCCAGUAUGUGUCUCAGAUCGCUAGUUCUUCUCGUACUCAACCACUGAUUCAGUCUCAAGUGGAGAAUCUGCUGAGCAGAACUUUCCAGAAGUGGAAAAGCAGGAACCCUGGGAGCUCUGGUGAUGGACCUUCUGUUGAUGAGAUCCCUUGGGAUGAUAUCUUGAUGCUCUGCAUCGAYCAUAAACUGAGAGACUGGAAACCACCCAAACUGCCUGUUACUCCAGAAGCAGUAAGUAGAGAUGGCCAGAUUCGUGUCUACUACUUCAAGGAGCAUUUGAAAAACUUUGCUCUCCCUUUUUCUUGGGAGCAAGCGAGACUGCGCACCCAGAAGGAGAUCCAGCAGGGCCAUGGCAGGUUAAGAGUGAAGCCUGCUAUCUCUUUGAAGAAACCCCAUAGUGUUUCCAUGACACCAGCUCAAUAUGUCACUGGUGUGAGUGUACUAUCAGGUCAGGAAAGGAGUGUUUGCAGUGCAGCUGAGCUCACAGACACAGCCUCAGAACUGGAUCUUCUCCCAGAACGCCUGUUGACUCAGUUGGAACUGGAGAAAAAAGAGAGCAGGAGGUUUGAAGAACAGUUGCAUAAAUACCUAGCUGAAGACAUUGAGCCCCUUGGUGACUUUGUGGGUCUUCCUCUUUACCUUCCUCAGUCUCUCGUCUCCACGCCACCUGUCACAUACCCAGUGAAGAGUCCCAAGUCAUCUGCUCAAGAGGCUGGGAGGCAGGUGGGAUGUGAGCCAUCGGUGAUGGACCGAAGCCCAGCKCUGUCCGACAGGCUCAAACACUUGGAGCGGCUGCUCAAAGCCAACCAGGAGGCCGAGGCUGCUGCCGAGCUCCACCUCUCUGCUCUGGUGGACAUGGUGGAUAUUUGAGCGGGGCUGAGAACCCUGUGCACACCAAGAGGCUUCAUAAAGCAGUUCAGGGCCAGACAAUUCAACUGCCUGAGGUUUAUUUAAAAAAAUAAAUAAAAUCAGUUGUCCUUGCAGAGGAACGCAGAACAGACAUGGGUCCCAGGCUGUUCUUGCRUGGUGGCCUUAGAGAAGGUGUCUUGGUUUAAUGUCUCUUCAGCUCAAAAGUAGUAUUUGGCUGGUCUAGGGUUUUUAUUUAUUUGUUUUUAAACYUGUCUGAUUUUACAGGCAGCGGAAUGAUUUGGAUCCUGUUUUUUGGAAAGCCUGUAGUUGACCCUCUGGUGAUUUUCUUUUUUUUACCAGCUCUCAUUAGUUGGUGAGCAGCUGUGAGAGAGACAGUGAAUUGGCUGCCCAGUGAAAUACCUACCUUGUGUCCUAGCUCAUGGCUGAGCAGGAAAUAUAUGCAGGAUCAAGGCCUCCAUUAUAGUCCUUGCAUCUCAUUUUUGUGUUGUGUGUUAUGUUCUCCCUGCUGCAACACUGUUAAACCCCGAUGUGUGUGUGCACGGAGCCAACGUGGGGCCCAGACUUGAAUUUCUGUUGGARUAGAGUUAGGAGAAUGCUACGAGCAGUCUCUCCGUGGUCAUAGUCCCAGGGAUGCUGUCCCAACUUACUUAUAGCAGAAGUUAUCUGCAUGUAGCACCUUGGUUUUCACUUGUUGUCUUGUUGCUCAAGAAUAUUUUGAUUCUUUCAUUCUCAAUUAGAUUACAUCACUGUUACARUUAUUAAUGAUCCAUGCAAGAUUUGUUGUCCUUGGUCCAGGUUUUAUUUGUUGAAUAUUUAUGGCAUUAAUCACAAAGCAGUUGCAAAGAUGGUCAUGCAGAAAAGCAGGAUUUCUUCCUUAGUAAAACACAUGGAGGGAUGAUGGACUGUUUUUUUCCUCCAUGUCAGUGCCCUUCUCCAAAAAGGUUUUAUGUUUUUAUUUUUUAAUACUAUUUGUAUUCUCUACUAUUAAUCUACUCUAGCUAUUCUAAGUUGAUUUAAGAAGCUUAAACUGAAGGAAUUGUUCUUUGAGGCUGUUUCUGUUUGCAAACUUUGGA